AGACCCUCCACUCUCUUCAGCUUUUUUAAAUGCUUUUGCUUUUAAUGCCCUCUCUCACCCUCUCUACCCUCCUCAGAUCGUAUGAGAAGAGACUUUACGCCCGCACUCAACUUUCAUACGGCUCCUUCGCUCCCAAUUCUCUAGCUCCCUCUCCCCCUCUGACCAAGCUUCUCCAAUCCAGCCACAUGUGCCAGCUUCCGGCACCAUUUCCGGCGCCUCAUCAGUGACUUCCAGACACCAACUUAGUGUUCGAUUCUUCGCCCAGAUUAUAUAUUUUUAAAUUUUUCCUGAUUGGUCUUUCUGUUUUUAAGGUCUUCCCCAUUAGUAUGAGUUGUUUAUACAAUGAAUUUGCAGUUGUUCCUUUCUUUUUGCCUUCUCUCAUUGCAUUGAGCUUCAUUGUGGUCUCUGUACCGACAGUAACCUUCCUAAGUCAGUGAGUGAGAUUGAGUUCAUUUGAGAAAUGCUCCACGAAGCGGUCCUUUUACUUCUGUUUGCUGCUGCUCUCGUGCGUUCUCUAGACCCGGUUUUCAACGACGAUGUUCUGGGCUUGAUUGUAUUCAAGGCCGGUCUUAAAGACCCAAAGGGCAAGCUUGUUACAUGGAACGAAGACGACGACAGUCCCUGCGACUGGGUCGGAGUCAAAUGCGAUCCCAGAACCAACCGGGUCUCCGAGCUCGCCCUGGACGGGUUCUCUCUUUCUGGGCACAUCGAUCGGGGCCUCCUGAGGUUGCAAUUCCUUCGAAAUCUUUCUCUUUCCAAGAACAACUUCACAGGGACUAUAAACCCUGAUCUUGCUCGCCUUGGGAGGUUGCAAGUUGUUGACUUGAGCGAGAACGAACUCUCUGGGUCGAUUCCAGAGGGCCUAUUUCAACAAUGUGGGUCGUUGAGGGCGGUUUCUUUUGCUAGGAACAAUCUCACGGGAACUAUUCCCGAGUCUUUGAGCUCGUGCUCGACGUUGGGGUUGGUUAACUUCUCUUCUAAUCAGCUUUCUGGGAAAUUGCCCACCGGAAUGUGGUUUCCGAGAAGGCUUCAGUCGCUUGAUUUGUCAGAUAAUUUGCUGGAGGGAGGGGUUCCUGAAGGAAUUGGAAAGUUGUAUGAUUUGAGGGCAAUAAAUUUAAGCAAGAACCGUUUGUCCGGGAAGCUUCCCUGGGAUAUUGGACGUUGUUUUAUUUUGAAGUUGGUUGAUUUCAGUGAGAACUUCCUUUCAGGGAGCCUCCCAGAGUCAAUGCAGAGACUUGGUAAAUGUGCUUUUAUGAGUUUGCGGGGAAAUUCAUUUAGCGGAGAGGUUCCAGAAUGGUUUGGCGAGUUGAGGCGCCUGGAGACUUUGGAUCUUUCGGCAAAUACAUUUUCGGGUCGGGUUCCCAUUUCGAUAGGAAAUCUUCAAUUAUUGAAGAAUUUGAAUUUAUCCAUGAACCAGUUUACAGGGAGCUUUCCAGAGUCUAUGAAAAAUUGCAUUAACCUUAUGGCCAUGGAUGUUAGCUAUAAUCAGUUGGCAGGCAAUCUUCCUUCCUGGAUUUUUAAGCUGAGUGUACAAAGCUUUCCGAGUUUUGGUAACAGAGGCAGUGGAAAUCUGCAAUAUUCUUCGCUCGCAUCAAGAGCUGCAACUUAUCAAGGUCUUCGGGCUUUGGAUUUAUCUUCGAAUGCAUUUUCCGGUGAAAUUCCAGCUCAGAUUGGUGUGCUUAGUACCUUGCGAUUCUUGAAUGUUUCCAGGAAUCAUCUUUUAGGUUCUAUUCCGGCCCGCAUAGGAGAAUUGAAAUCUUUAUAUGUUCUUGAUCUAAGCGACAAUUGGCUAAGUGGAAGCAUUCCUUCUGAAAUUGGAGAAGCAGUUUCGCUCAAGGACCUGAGGCUCCAGAAGAACUUCUUAACCGGGAAAAUCCCUACGCAAGUUGAGAACUGCUCAUCUCUAACAUCGUUGAUCCUAUCUCAGAACAACCUCACUGGCCCAAUCCCUGCAGGCAUUGCAAACCUCACUGAUCUUCAAUAUGUAGACUUAUCUUCAAAUGAACUCUCUGGAAGCUUACCCAAAGAGCUAACAAAUCUUACCCACCUGGUUUCUUUUAAUGUCUCCCACAACCACCUCCAAGGUGAGUUACCAGUGGGGGGCUUCUUCAACACUCUCUCUCCCUCAUCUGUCUCUGGUAAUCCAUCCCUAUGUGGUUCUAUUGUCAACCGCUCCUGCCCUGCUGUCCAUCCUAAACCUAUUGUCCUCAACCCCAAUUCUUCCAACUCUCCUACUGGUUCUUCCUCUCCAAAUCAUCACAAAAUUAUCCUCAGCAUCUCUGCCCUCAUUGCCAUUGGUGCAGCUGCAUUUAUUGCCCUGGGUGUAAUAGCGGUUACUGUCAUGAAUAUCCAUGUGCGAUCUUCGAUGUCACAUUCUGCUGCUCCACUCACAUUAACUGGGGGUGAAGAUUUCAGUUGCUCCCCCACUAAUGAUCCAAACUAUGGCAAGCUUGUCAUGUUUUCUGGUGAUGCUGACUUUGUCACUGGGGCUCAUGCACUACUGAACAAGGACUGUGAACUUGGUCGUGGUGGAUUUGGAGUUGUUUACCGAACAGUCCUUCGAGAUGGACGUUCUGUUGCAAUCAAGAAGCUAACCAUCUCAGGUUUAAUCAAGGCCCAAGAAGAUUUUGAGAGUGAAGUGAAGAAGCUUGGAAAGAUCAGGCACCAUAAUCUCGUGGCCCUUGAAGGCUAUUAUUGGACUCCAUCUUUGCAACUCCUUAUUUAUGAAUACAUCUCUGGUGGGAGUUUGUACAAGCAUCUCCAUGAUGGACCUGACGGAGACUGCCUCUCUUGGCGACAGAGGUUCAACAUUGUUCUGGGUAUGGCAAAAGGUUUGGCCCAUUUGCACCGAAUGAAAAUUAUUCACUACAACCUGAAAUCAACAAAUGUUCUGGUAGACAGCUCUGGUGAGCCAAAAGUAGGAGAUUUUGGCCUAGCGAGGCUGUUGCCACAGUUAGAUCAUUGUGUGUUGAGCAGCAAAAUCCAGAGUGCUCUUGGCUACAUGGCUCCUGAAUUUGCAUGUCGAACCGUGAAAAUCACCGAGAAAUGUGAUGUGUAUGGAUUUGGGGUCUUGGUUUUGGAGGUGGUGACAGGAAAAAGACCUGUGGAAUAUAUGGAGGAUGAUGUGGUGGUGCUAUGUGACAUGGUGAGGGAGGCAUUAGAGGAAGGGAAGGUGGAGGAUUGUGUUGAUGGGAGACUGGGACAUAAUUUUCCAGCAGAGGAGGCAAUUCCAGUUAUAAAGCUUGGUUUAAUAUGUGCCUCUCAGGUUCCAUCAAACAGACCAGACAUGAGUGAGGUGGUCAAUAUUUUAGAGCUCAUCCAGUGCCCUUCCGAAGGCCAGGAGGAAUUAGAGUGAAUGUAAGUUGCAAAGAUUAAGAAAAGGUGACAUAUAGUUCAUUUUCUGGUGAAAAUGAAUCCAGUUUGUUUGUUUGUUUGAAGCAAUAGAAGAAAAAGAAAUGGAUUGUAGAAGGUCUAUUUCUUCAAAAUCUUUUGGUUGUAUUUUUAUUAUUAUUAUUAUUAUUAUUAUUAUUGAAUUUGUUCGAUGGUA